UUUUAAACUAAACUUUCCCCCAAAUCCCCCCGCCAUUCACAGUCACAGACAAAGCUUCUCUAACAAUCUCCUUUCUUCUUCUGGCGUCUUCACCACAACCACAAUACUACCCGUACAGUAACCACCCUACCUACCGUAAUGGAAAGCAAUGGAUAAAGCUGAACCACCGAAACACACAACUAUGGUGACAAAAUCAUCAAUCAAGAGAAAACCCUUGGCCAAUCUCACUAACAUCGUUCGUAACCCUAACCACACCUUCCAAUCGAAACCUGUAUCUUCUACAGCCUCUGAUUCAAGUAUCGGAUCCACUCAGAACCACCCGAUUAAACCUCCUACACUCACCACAGAUCAUUUGGUUGGUGAUGAGAAUCAAACAACACAAGCUCGAACACGCAGCUCACAGAAUACUAAGAGCAAAACACCUGCUGCUGUCCCCUUUUAUCAGACAUCUUCUCUGGGAAGAAAGACGAACGUGAAAGAAGGAUCUGUGUCUAUUUGUUCUUCAACAAUGAAUAAAAUCAAGGAUCAGGGGAAGAUAAAUCAGUCCCGUUUGGUUAAAACGAUUAAUGAUGGGAAGAAGAUAUCAGCGGCCCCUCAUAACUCUUCAAUGGAGAAGAAUAAGGACAAUAGAAAGUCAACUGAUGUGUCAUUAAGUGUUCAUCUUAUGAAGAACACAAAUAAUAGCACAGACAAAGAUAAAGAUAAAGGGAAGGACAAUAGAAAGUCAUCUGGUGUACCAUUAAGUGGUCAACUUAUAAAGAACACAAAUAAUAGCAUGGUCAAAGAUAAAGGGAAGGAAAAUAGUAACUCGGGUCUUAUGAUGUCUGAUUCUUUGAUGAAGAGAAAGGAUAAAGGAAAGGCGAUUGCUGAGCCACUUGACUAUCCUUCUAGAAAGAAGUUAAAGUAUGACAUGAUGGGAUUCGGUGGUCCCCUUAAAGGGGUGGUAAUUAAGGAGAGAGAGGGCACGGUUACGGGUUCUGGUAGUGUUAAUAUUGGUCAAAAGGAUAAAGGGAAGGGGGUUUCUACUUCUAUUAGUUACUAUGCUCUGGAGAAGAAGGAUCAACAAAGUAGCUGUCCACCUAUUUUAAGGACCACAAGCAAAAGGAGUGGUGUUGAUGAAACAGAUGAUGUAUUGCACUCUAAGCUACAAACUGAACCUCCUCCCAAUAAAAAGAAAAAGAGAUGCUCAACAAAGGAAAUUGACGAAGCAUACGCGUUACCAAAAGAAUUUGUGGAGCAACAGAGGGCUUACUUUAAAGAGAUUGAUGACUUUGAACUAGAAGUAGAGGAGGUCUGACUUUAUUACUUAGGUAGGACUUCCUAACCUGUUUCAGUUUAUUGUAUAGUCACACUUCAAAACUUAUCAAAAUAUCAUAUGCUUGGCUAGUACUUUGACUUAAAGAUGAGGUUGUGUAUUGACAUGUAACAUCUGGUGAUUAGGUUUAUAAAGAGGUUGUUCAUAUACUGUACCGGUAA